GGAGGGACGAACCAUUCUGAGGGGAGCGGGGGGGGGUGUGGAGGGACGGGAACCGUUCUGAGGGGAGGCGAGCGGGCAGGACCACUCUGAGGAGAAUCCCGGGGGGGGCGAGCGUUCCGGACGCCUGGGUCCGCUGGAGAUGCUGCGGCGGGUCCUGGGGGGCUGCCGGGGGGUCCCCGUGCCCCCCCGCCCCCCCUCCCGCGCCGCCACCGACCAGCCCCCCCCGGCCGACUUGGCCCGCGAGCGCUCCAAGGCCGUCACCUCCUUCUACCACCAGCCCGCCAUCGACGCCGCCGCCGAGAAGCCCUCGGUGCGCCUGACCCCAACCACCAUGUUGUACUCGGGGCGCUCGCAGGACGGGAGCCACAUCCUGAAAAGCGCGCGGUACCUGCAGCAGGAGCUGCCGGUUCGAAUCGCCCACCGCAUCCAGGGCUUCCGCGGGCUGCCCUUCAUCAUCGGCUGCAACCCCACCAUCCUGCACGUGCACGAGCUGUACAUCCGCGCCUUCCAAAAACUGAGCGACUUCCCAAGGGUGAGUGUCACGCGGUGCCCCCGUGUCACCCUGACCCUGUCACUCUGUGUGCACGUGUCACCCUUGUCCUCGCCUGCCCCAUCCUCACGUCACCCCCGUGUCCCUGUCCCGUGGGGCGGGGGUGUCACCGGCUGUCCCCAUGUCCCCGGGGUGUCCCCGGGAUGUCCCCACGGUGUCCCCGCGGUGUCCCUGUGUCCCCAGAUCCAGGGCACAGCGGACGAGGCGCGGUUCUGCGCGCUGCUGCGGGAGCUGCUGGACGAUCACAAGGACGUGGUGACGCUGUUGGCCGAGGGGCUGAGGGAGUGCAGGAGACACAUCCGGGACGAGCAGCUGCUGCGGCCGUUCCUGGACCAGACGCUGACGUCGCGGUUGGGGAUGCGCAUGUUGGCCGCUCAUCACCUGGCUCUGCACGAGGACAAGCCCGACUUUGUGGGCAUCAUCUGCACCCGCCUGUCGCCCAAGAAGCUCAUCGAGAAGUGGGCCGACUUUGCCCGGCGCCUGUGCGAGCACCAGUAUGGAAACGCCCCCCGCGUGCGCAUCAACGGACACGUGGCCGCGCGGUUCCCAUACAUCCCGCUGCCCCUGGACUACGUGCUGCCCGAGCUGCUCAAGAACGCCAUGAGGGCCACCAUGGAGUGCCACCUGGACACCCCCUACAACGUCCCCGACAUCGUGGUGACCAUCGCCAACAACGACAUCGACCUCGUCAUCCGGAUCUCGGACCGUGGGGGGGGGAUCCCGCACGAGCUGCUGGACAAGGUGACCCAGUACCACUUCAGCACGGCCGAGAGCAGCGCCCAGGACCCCCGCCUGGGGGGGCCCUUCCGCCAGCUCAUGGACCUCAGCAACAGCCCCAUGCACGGGUUCGGGUUCGGGCUGCCCACGUCCCGGGCGUACGCCGAGUACCUGGGGGGGUCCCUGGCGCUGCAGUCGCUGCAGGGGGUGGGCACCGACGUGUACCUGCGGCUGCGGCACAUCGACGGCAAGGCCGAGAGCUUCCGCAUCUAGGGCUGGACCCGCAGCACCCGCAGACCCCCAGCGGCAACGCGGAGCUGAACGCGGGGCUGCAGAACCCGGGCCCGGGGUCACUGGGCAUCGCGGAGCACCGGCCGGUUCAUCUCGGUCAACGUGGAGAUCAGGAUGGACCUGGAGAACAUCCCCGUGUUGGACACUGCUCACCAUGGACCUGGAGAACAUCCCCGUGUUGGACACUGCUCACCAUGGACCUGGAGAACAUC